UUGCUCUUGCCGACGAGACCCGAGGAAGAAAUAUCAGGAGAUAAAAUGGGACAAACAGCAAAUGAAGAUCCAAUGGAUGUCAAGAAGGAGACUCAAGAGAAGACUCAUUCAACCACAUCUGCACACAGUGAUGAUUUUGACUGGGACGUGUAUCUGAAAGAGACUGGAUCUGUAAGUGCUCCUUCAGAGUGCUUCAGACAGUCGAAGAUUCCACCUGCUAAUGACUUCAAAGUUGGCAUGAAAUUGGAAGCCCAUGACCCUCGCAAUAUUACUUCAGUAUGUAUUGCCACGGUUGUUGGAAUGUCUGGGGCCAGAUUACAUCUACGGCUGGAUGGUAGUGACAAUAGUAAUGAUUUUUGGAGGCUUGUUGACUCUUCAGAGAUACAGCCUGUUGGAACAUGUGAACAGGGAGGAAACUUACUUCAGCCUCCACUGGGGUACAAGAUGAGUGUAUCAUCUUGGCCAGUUUUCAUUUUACGAAUGUUAAAAGGAUCUGAGGUGGCGCCUGCAACAUUCUUCAAGAAGGAACCAUCAAAGCCACCUGCAAAUAAUUUUAAGGUGGGGAUGAAACUGGAAGCUACUGACAGAAAGAAUCCAUAUUUCAUCUGCCCAGCAACAGUUGGAGCUAUUAAAGGAGAUGAAAUUUAUAUCACAUUUGAUGGCUGGAGUGGAGGAUUUGACUAUUGGUGCAAGUAUUACUCUAGAGAAAUUUUUCCGAUUGGGUGGUGCUGCCUGACAGGAGAUGUAUUACAACCCCCAGGGAAUCAGGUUCCUAUUGCAAAGAAUACAGAAAAAAUACAAUCUUCCCCUUCUGACGCAACCCAGCAUUCAAUGCAGUCUCCGCAGGAAACUGCUGUAAUACUGUCAACACAACAUCUCAGGAAAUCUGCUCGAAUUAAACCAUCUGGACCUACUGCAGCCUCUAAGAAGGGCAGUUCUUAUAAAAAUAUACCAAAGAAAAAAGGUCAAAGCUCAGGAAAAAAGGAAAAAACUAUUCCCGUGUUGUGUUCUACAUCUACAACCUCUCUAAGAACACUGGCGAGAAUUUCGCAUGAUAGAAAUAUCAAUCCUGCACCAUCUAAAAUCGUGAUGUCUACAGUCUGUGUCUAUAUAAACAAAUAUGGAAACACUGGCCCUUACCUGGACCCAAGGAGAGUCCAGCAGCUGCCUGAUCAUUUUGGCCCAGGCCCUGUGAAUGUGGUACUCCGGCGAACUGUACAAGCCUGUGUGGAUUCUGCCUUUGAGUCAAAGAUUGUUUUUGGAUUUCUUAAACCAGAUAAUCGUGGAGGAGAAGUGAUAACUGCCUUCUUUGAUGGGGAAACUCAUUCCAUCCAGCUACCUCCGGUGAAUAGUGCAUCCUUUGCUCUUCGCUUUCUUGAGACUUUGUGCCAUACCCUGCAGUGUGAUAACCUUUUGAGUAGCCAGCCUUUCAGCUCUUACAGGAGUAAUAUUCAAAGCCCUGUAGAAUAUGAUAAAAAUGUGUCAGUGAAAGAAGAAACACCAGAAAAGCAAAGCCUGAAGCGAUCUCCUCAGCAACCUGUACCUUGUGCGGUUCCUGUUUCUCCUAAACAGUCCAAAAUGGUGCUGCAUGUUUGUAAAGAAGAACCAUUGUCUCCUGAAGCAAAAGAUAUGCCAAAAGAAGAAGAAUUUGAAAUACUGAAGACUUCACCAUUAAGUUCAGGAGAUCCUUUGGAUCCUGUCUGUAGCAGUCUUACACAUUCUUCAGUCCAUGGUGAUUUUCCUCAAAAUGAGCCAAGCACCUCAAGUUCACCGCUAGCUGAGACCAGGUCAUCUCCCAUCAGUAGCUACUAUGAAGCUGCAUUCGAAACGGAGAGUACAGAUGAAGCUCCAGCUUAUAUAGCUGUACCUGACCCCAGUGUCCUGAAACAAGACCUAUCUAAGGACCCUUCAACCUGGUCUGUGGAUGAAGUGAUACAGUUUAUGAAAGAUACAGAUCCUCAGAUAUCAGGCCCCCUCGCGGAACUCUUCAGGCAACAUGAGAUUGAUGGGAAAGCUCUGCUUCUACUCAAGAGUGAAGUGAUGAUGAAGUAUAUGGGGCUGAAGCUGGGGCCAGCAAUAAAGCUGUGUUACUACAUUGAAAAACUUAAAGAAGGAAAAUAUAAUUGAAAAAAGUCAGUUUAGAUUGGAUAUAAUUCUCAGGUGUACUGAUAACAUUUUAAUUUAAAAGUAGUUUUCUUAGCAGUCUUUAUUUUGUAGAAAGUUCCUAUAAAAAUAUUGUCAGAAUUAUAGAAUUAUAUUAACAGUCCAGUCUACUUCUUAA